ACAGUGCGCUCCCUGUCUGUUGCGAGGCCAGAGCCACAGGGUUUGUUUGAACGUUCCAAAAAGUGGAUGUUUAGGAGACUUCUGCAGAACGGCGUGAAGUCAACGUUCCGUCGCUUCACUGCGCCGACACUUUAAUGUAGAUAUGGAAGGAGAUGAAUAACUGUAUAGUGAGACGUAAACCUUAUUAUAACCAGAUACCAUCUGACUGCUGUGUCCGUUGGAACUACUCUGUAAUUGGGUAAUCAUCAUAUCCAUUCGGACAUGGGUUUCUUUUGCUUUGGAAUUCCUGAUCUGUUCUUGCUCUUGACAUGAUAUCCACGGCAGAUUGUUUUUUAACCAUGUCUUUUUUAAUUAAUUUGGCAAUCUGCUAAACUUUGGGGAGAGCUUAAAAUAUUCUGUCUGUCGAUCACUUUGCUUUGGAUACUGCGAGCUAUGCUGCCAAGAUGUUACAAGAGACCAAUGUUUCGUCCUUUAUUCUGGAAACAAUCCUAACGCUCUUAUCGCAAACAAAUGUAAAAGUACAAUGAUACAUUUAUACUGAAACCAAGGGACUAUUCAUAGAAGGACGGAGGAGAAUGGCUUCGAAGGAAAGGUUGAAUGAGCUGUGGAUUUUAUAUUACACCAAGAAAGAUGUGGGCUGCCUGCAGCAGUGGCUGGAGGCGUUUGUGGCUUCCUUUGAGAAGCUUGUUGAUGUGCAGUCACUGGAGCCUCGCAGGCUGGAGGACUAUAUUGCGGAGGUUCCCCUAGUACCCAGGGACGUACUGGUGCUCUUCAGUGACCAGCUAUGGCACAGUGCCCUGCACCUCUCUGGGGGCGACAGUAACAACAGCACACUGCACCUCUCUGGGGGUGACAGUAGCAACAGCACCCUGCACCUCUCUGGGGGUGACAGUAGCAACAGCACCCUGCACCUCUCUGGGGGCGACAGUAACAACAGCGCCCUGCACCUCUCUGGGGGCGACAGUAACAACAGCACCCUGCACCUCUCUGGGGGCGACAGUACCAACAGCACCCUGCACCUCUCUGGGGGCGACAGUAACAACAGCGCCCUGCACCUCUCUGGGGGCGACAGUAACAACAGCACUCUGCACCUCUCUGGGGGCGACAGUACCAACAGCACCCUGCACACCUCUGGGGGCGACAGUAACAACAGCGCCCUGCACCUCUCUGGGGGCGACAGUAACAACAGCACUCUGCACCUCUCUGGGGGCGACAGUAACAACAGCACUCUGCACCUCUCUGGGGGCAACAGUAACAACAGCACCCCACACCCCCUGCUGCUCAUCAAGUUCUUCAUCAUCGUCUGCAGGAACAUGGAAACCAUUGACCAAGAGAAGACCCCAGGCUAUGUCUUCGAGACCAUUAAACUGUUAAACUUCUGCUUGACUCAGCUGAAGAAGCAGCCUGAGGAUCAGUCAUCCCUCCAGACAGUGAUUCAGUAUGGCCUGAUGCUGUUGGAGAGUCUCUUUGACCCCUACCAUACAUGGAGGAGACGCCUGGCAGGGGAGGAGGUGAGCAUGGUGGAGAGGAGCAAGUAUAAGUUCUCCCCUAUCCCCUUACCAGAGGAGCUGCCUGCUCUAUUCCAUGACAGCCUGCAGGACAGCCAGCAGAUCCCAGAGGUCCUCACUCUCCGAUUGGUCCAUCUCCAAGGGGCCGUCAUCAGUGGCAGCAAGAAGAACGGCCUGCUCUCCAUCACCCCCCAGUCUGUGGAGGACCUUCUCUCUGUACUCCGAGCCUGGUGCCUCCGGACCUCCUCCGACCUCAAGGACCCCAAAGACCCCAGGCUGCUACGGCUGACCCUGCAGUGCCUGACUGCAAUGGUGCAUAUCCUCCACUCCAGUAGUCCUGCAGAGCGCCUGCUGGAGAUCAGGACCGUGUUGGAUGGCUACUUCCAGGUCCUGAACUGGAACCGGCCUCCAGGGUUAGGGAAUGAGCAGGAGGACGGGCAAGACUGGGAGGACCACCUCAUCACCCUCCAGAGUCACAUGCUGACUUCGGUGCCUGAGAUCUUGCAGUGUUCAGACAGGCCGGUGCUGCAGGCCAUCUUCCUCAACAACAACUGCUUCGAACACAUCCUCCGACUCAUCCAGAACAGCAAGGUUUUGGAGAAAGGUUCUGACUGCAUCACAGUCCAUGCCCUCGGAGUCCUCACAUCCAUCAUGAGUAACUCCCCUUCUGCCAAGGAGGUUUUCAAGGAGAGGAUCGGCUACUCCCAGCUGUUUGAUGUGCUGAAGAGCCAGGGCCAGCCCACUAAACGCCUGCUGCAGGAGCUCAUGAACAUGGCGGUGGAAGGGGAACACGCCCACGCCCAUCACCUGGGUAUCAGUAACGACCAGCCCCUCCUCCUCCUCCUCCAGUGGUUGCCUGACCUGGGCCCCCAGAGGGACCUGCAGCUCCUGGUAGCCCAGUGGCUGACUGCGGUCUGCGGGAGCUCCCUGUCCUGCCGUACGGUGGCCGUGGAGGCUGGCCUGGUGGGGGCUGUGCUCCAUGUCCUCUCCCAGCCACAGAGACUGGACCGCCAGUGUGCAGACGCCCUCCUGGGGCUGUUACAGGACCUGGGGUCUCUCUGUCUGAGGCCUGCUGAGCUGAAGAGUCUGUUGAGGCUGCUCCGACCCCCCGACCAGGGCCAGGAUGUGUUGGCAGGGAAGGGGACCGGGACACACCCCUACUGCGCCCGCAUCAUCCGGGUUCUGGCGGCGAUGGCGGCCAGGGAGGGGAGGGAAAGCGCCCUUCAGUACUUUGACCUGACCCAUCCCCUGGCGGGGAUCAUGGUGCCCACGGUCCAGCGCUGGCCAGGCAGCGGGUUUUCCUUCCACGCCUGGCUCUGUCUCAACAUGGACUUCCCUCCAUUCCCCUCAGAGUUCUCCACCCCCAGCACACGCUCGUCUACUGGGGCACCAGGGGCGGCGACCCGGGGUAUGGGCAAAGGCCCCCGCAGGAAACAGCUGUACAGCCUGUUGACAGCCAGUGGUACAGGUCUGGAGGCUUUCUUCACCUUGGAGGGAGUGCUGGUUGUGGCCGUCUGCACUAAGAAGGACUACAUGGCUGUGUCCCUUCCAGAACAGCCUCUAACAGACUGCUGCUGGCACUCUGUGGACAUAGUCCACAUUCCCGGCCGCCGUCCCUUCGGUCAGAAUCUGGUCACCAUCUACAUCGAUGGAGAACAGUGCAAGAUAGCCCAACUCCGCUUCCCCUCGCUCAACGAGCCUUUCACCUCCUGUUGCAUUGGCUCAGCAGGCCACCGCACCACCACCACCACCACGUCGCCCACCCUGCCUCCCCCCUCCCUCCCCCCGGCAGAGAUGGCCUUCCCCGCCCACGCCCCCCCCAUCACCCGCUCCCAGUCCUUCCCAGCCUCCUUUGCGGCAGGCCGCUGGGGGCCUGGGCCCGGGCCUCUGCAUGACGCUCUCGUCCACACCAUCCCAGCCGGGCUGCAGGACACGGAGUGGGGCACGCCCACCUCACUGGACGGGCUCCUGGGGACCGCCUUCAUCUGUCAUGAGGCCCUGCAGCCAGCGCACACCAAGGCCCUACACACUGCUGGCCCCAACCAUGUGUCCCUGUUCAAGGCGGAUGGAGAGCUGUCAGACCUCAACAGUAAACUGCUUCUCUACUACACUCCUCAGGCCUUCAAGAGUCAGAUCUGUGUGGACCUGUCUCCUAACCUCCAGUAUGAUGGCAGACUGACAGGCCACAGGGUGGUGAACAGGGACAUCAAGGAUGUGUUGAACACGGUGGGGGGCAUGGGGGUGCUGCUGCCCCUCCUGGAACAGGUGUGUGAGGCAGAGCAGGCGGAGGGAGGAGGUCAGGAGACAUCAGACCUGCUGGGACCAGAACUAACCUCUAGCUCCUCCCGGGGGCCUGUCGACAUGCUGCUGCCACUGGGCAGGUCCUCCGAUGGUCGGCUGGAGAGGAACAGUGUAGCAGCCUUCCUGCUGAUGGUGAAGAAUCUGAUUCGUCAUCACCCUGCCAACCAGGAGAGCCUACUGAACUGCCACGGACCCAGCAUUAUAGGAGCCAUGCUCACUAAGGUCCCAGGCUGUAUGAUUGAUAUGUCUGUGCUGAUGGCGUGUCAGUUCCUGUUGGAGCAGGUCUCCAGUGAGGAGAACAGUCCAUUGCUCCUGCAGCUCUACCAGCACCUGUUGUUCGACUUCCGCAUCUGGAGCAGCAGCCACUUCGCUGUGUGUCUGGGCCAUGUCCAGUACCUGUCAUUUGUGAUCAAGGACGGGAAUCAGCGCAUGAGGAAGAAGUAUGGAGUACAGUACAUCCUGGAUACCAUACGGACACACUACAGUGUGGAGAAAGAUGGCAGUCCUCUGUCUGAUGAAAAGCAGACUGUUCAGAUCUCUCUGUUCUCUCUGCUGAGAGACAUCCUCCUCAAGUCUCCUACUCCUGAAGAGCUCCACAGCAUCUUGGCCUACAUCCUGACUAUAGGAGAGGAGCAGCAGGUGGUGAGUGCGUUAGAUGUGGUUUACAGUCUGUUGAAGAGCACCCCUCCCAGAGAGCAGGUCCAGGCUGUGCUGUUGGAGUGGGGAGUAGAACAGCUCUACUGUCUGCUGCUCAAAGACAGAUUUGGAGAUGAGGCCAGGGAGAGAGUCUUCAGGGUUCUGUUCAAGAUCCUGAAGAGUGAGCGAGUGUCUGAGCGCGCCAAGCAACGUGUCAAGUUGAAGGAUUUUGGAUACCUGGGUCUUGUCUGUUUCCUAGGAGACGUCCCCGUAACCAUGUCCACCGUGCGCUGUCUGUACGAGCAGGUCCUCGCUACAGAUGCCACUCCUAACUUCAGAGACCUGCUGGCUGUGGUCUAUCUGUCCCACCGUGCUGAGCUCACUGUCCGUCUGGACGUCUGUCGCAAGCUCUUCAACCUGAUCUACAACAGUGAGGACUGUGUUCGUCAGCUGGCCCGUCAGCCAGGCUGGCAGGGUAUGUUAACUAAGCUCUAUAUGAAGUCCUAUGAGUCCCGUGGUGCCUCCCUGGCCAGCUCCAGCACCCACAGCUCCCUGGACCCCUCCUCCUCCUCCCGCCCCCCUCUCAGGAGAGACCACAACAUGGUCAUAGAAGACUCCCAGGACGCUCGCACAGACGUCUUCCUCCCUUACACCUCGCCGGAGGAGGAAGAGGAGGAGGAGGGAGAUGGCGAGGGCCUGGGAGGGAGGAAUAUCUCAGAGGGUUUCUCCGACCUCUCUCAGUCUUCCCCUAACAGCAGUGGAGGCACGUUGAAGGACUUUGCCGACUCUCUCCAAUUGAAGUCGUUUGACACGUUGAACACCGUGGACAUCCCCUCCACUCGGUUCCAAGGGGAGGCCCCCUACCACCCUCUGUCCCCAUUCGGCACCUCGCCCUUUGAGCUGGAGCUGGGGGGUAUGAGGGGCGAGACGGGGACAGGGAACCACACCCCUGCAGACACCCCCUCCCCCCUGGAGCACAGCCGGCCGUUCCCCUCUCUGAGACCCAGGAAGAGCUCCAGUCUGUCCAACGUGCUGGACGACACCAACUAUGGAACUGACCCCCAGGCAGCUGACACCAUCUCCAACACCUCCAACCCACAGCAGACACCAGAGGAGGAGCUGUGUAACCUGCUGACUAACAUCGUGUUCUCUGUGCUGUGGAGAGGCAGUGGGGCGGAGGGGGGGGGGGACGCCGUGUGGAGGGAGAGGGGACAGGUCUUCUCUGUCCUCACCAAGCUGGGCUCCUCCUGCCAACUGGUCCGCCCGCCUGACGAUAUCAAAUGCAGUCUGUUAGAGAUGAUGCUGGAGUCUUCUCUGUCAGACCUGAGGGACUCCCAGGGUGUGUUUCUGCCAUUCUUCCCCAGUCUGCUCCGCCUCCUCAGGCUGCUCCAGGACUUCCUCUUCUCAGAGGGAACAGACAACCAGGCACUGUGGAGCGAGAAGAUCUUUGAGGGGGUGGUGAAUCUGCUGGACAGACUACAGGCCUGGCACAGCACCCCUGUUACCCCUGGGGGUGUGGAUCUCAGAGAGAUGGCUCAGAUCGGCCUGCGCAUCAUCACCGGCUACAUCCAGCAACAGGACUCACAGGUGUCUGUAAUGGCCUGCGUUAAACUCCACAGCCUCCUGCAGACUGUUCUGUCUCUGGGCUGGGAUGAGGUGUGCUUCCUGCUGGGGCGACUCGGUGCCCCCCUGUGGCCCGGCGGGGUAAUGGAGGCGGGCACCAACGGAGGGCACACAGAGACAUUUUCUCAGCUGGUGCCCAUCGUGCGUACCCUCCUGGACCAACACGCUGACCCCGUGACCCUGCACGGCCUGCUGCCCAGCCUGCCAGUCACCAACGGCAGCUCCACCUUCGCCCAGGACCUCCAGAGCUACUGCCAUACAGUAGAGUGGCUGGACUUCUGCCAACGCCAUGUGCAGCCCACCAUGGAGCAGUAUGAACUGGAUACGUUUGGCAAGAGUCAUGACCUCAUGUCUAACUUCUGGAACUCAUGCUUUGAUGACCUGAUGAGCACUGCCAUACAGCGGGACAAAGAGCGGGCCUACAGCAAAGACAAGUUCCAGGAGGUGAUAUUGGACCCGUACCUGAGGCGGGUACGCAGUGAAAACAGUCGUUACCACAGUGGUCAGAAACAGAGCUCCGGCCAGCAGGGGGUGGUGUGGCGCCACUGGAAGUCCCUCCGCAGGCUGCUCACAAGCGAGAGAGGGGCCUGGGCACACAGAGUCCCACUAGAGGUGAAAUGGAAGUUGUCCAGUGCGGAGACGUAUUCUAAGAUGCGUCUGAAACUGGUGCCCAACUACCACUAUGACACUCACCUGGAAGCCAGCGCCUCCAGAGACAAUAUGGGAGCUGAUAGCCCUCGCAGUUCAGAACCCCUCCCAUUGGCUGUUGCCAAGGAGGCCAAAGUGAGUGACAUGGAGGACGACCAGUUAGGAGAAGAGGACAUUGUCUUUCUGGACAACAAGGUGGAGGGGGAGGACGACAGUCAGAAGGAGAAGCUGGUUCUGUCGGAGGACUGUGAGCUCAUCACCAUCGUGGCGGUGGUUCCGGGUCGGCUGGAGGUCACCACACAUCACCUCUACUUCUACGACGCCAGCAGUGAGAAGGAGGAGACGGAAGAGGGAAUUGGGUUUGAUUUCAAGCGGCCCCUGUCUCAGCUGAGAGAGGUGCACCUGAGACGAUACAACCUGCGUCGCUCUGCUGUGGAGAUGUUCUUCAUCGACCAGUCACACUACUUCAUCAACUUCAAGAAGAAGGUGAGGAACAUGGUGUACUCUAGGAUCCUGGGGCUGCGGCCCCCCAACCUCUUCUAUUUCGGCUCCCGCUCUCCUCAGGAGCUCCUCAAGGCUUCUGGACUCACACAGAGAUGGGUAUGCAGAGAGAUUUCCAACUUUGAAUAUCUGAUGCAACUGAACACCAUCUCUGGACGUACCUACAACGACCUGUCUCAGUACCCUGUGUUCCCAUGGGUGCUGAGUGACUACACCUCUCCAGUUCUGGACCUGGAGGACCCAGCCGUGUUCAGAGACCUGUCUAAACCCGUCGGAGUAGUCAACUCCCGCCACGCACAGAACGUCAGGGAGAAGUAUGAGAGCUUUGAGGACUCAACCGGCACGAUAGAUAAGUUCCACUAUGGAACACACUACUCUAACGCAGCAGGAGUCAUGCACUACAUGAUCCGUAUGGAACCCUUCACCACCCUCCACAUCCAGCUGCAGAGCGGCAGGUUUGACUGUGCAGACCGUCAGUUCCACUCUGUAGCAGCAGCCUGGCAGGCUCGCAUGGAGAGCCCCGCUGACGUCAAAGAGCUCAUCCCUGAGUUCUUCUACUUUCCAGAGUUCCUGCAGAACAUCAACGGGUUUGACCUGGGCAGUCUGCAGAUGACCCAGGACAAUGUGACUGAUGUUCUGUUACCACAAUGGGCCUUGUCUAGAGAAGACUUCAUCAGGAAACACAGGAAGGCUCUGGAGUGUGAGCAUGUGUCCUCUCACCUCCAUGAGUGGAUUGACCUGAUCUUUGGCUGCAAGCAGAGAGGGGAGAAGGCUGUGGAGGCUCUCAAUGUCUUCUACUACUGUACCUAUGAAGGUGCGGUGGAUCUGGACGCCAUAGCCAAUGAGACGGAGCGCAAGGCCCUGGAGGGCAUCAUCAGUAACUUUGGACAGACGCCCUGUCAACUACUCAAGGAGCCACACCCCCCUCGUAUGUCAUCAGAGAGUGCCUCUAGGAGGCAGGCCCGCAUGGACACUCUACCCCCCAACCUGUUUGAACAGCUCGACAAACUACGCCCUUUUAUGGAGGUGGUGUGUGAUGGGCGGCCUCUGGUCCAGGCGGUGGUUCCCAGGAACCAGAACCGCUCCUUUAUCAUCCAGGGCUCUGACGUACUGGUGACAGUGAGUUCUAACGGUCUGAUUGGGACCCACAGCUGGCUGCCUUACGAUAAGAACAUCGCCAACUACUUUACCUUCACCAAGGACCCCACCGUGGCCAAUCCCAAAACCCAGCGGUUCCUGAGUGGUCUCUUAUUCCCAGGGGUAGAGCUCAGUACUCAGGUGUUGGUGGUGUCUAACGAUGGCCGUCUGCUGUUCAGUGGAGGACACUGGGACUGCAGCCUCCGAGUCACCCAGCUGGGAAAGGGCAAACUGGUGGGCAAGAUCUGCCGACACAUCGAUGUGGUGACUUGUCUGGCUCUGGACCUCUGUGGUAUCUACCUCAUCUCUGGUUCCAGGGAUACAUCCUGUAUCGUGUGGCAGGUUCUACAGCAGGGUGGGUUCUCCAGUGGUCUCUCUCCUCGUCCAGUGCAGGUCCUCUGUGGACACGACCAGGAGGUCACCUGUGUGGCAAUCAGCACCGAGCUGGACAUGGCUGUCUCUGGGUCAAAGGAUGGUACUCUGAUAAUCCACAGUGUACGUCGUGGCCAGUUCCUUCGUACCCUGCGUCCGCCCGGUGAGAGCUGCCUGCCUGCCCGGGUCACUGAGCUGCAGGUGGGCAUGGAGGGGCACAUCGUGGCACAGACCGCCCUGGAGGGACUCACUGCUGGGAAGGAGAAGUACUCCCUCCAUGUUUACUCUGUGAACGGCUGUCUGCUGUCAUCUGUCAGCCUGGAGGAACAGGUGACAGCUCUCUACCUGGUCCCUGAUUACAUCAUCCUGGGAACCCAGCAGGGAAACCUACACAUCAGACACCUGCACAGUCUGGUGCUGGCUGUGUCUCCCCUGGCGUUGAAGGUGGCUGUGAGGAGUGUGUCGGUGACCAAAGAGAGCAGCCACAUCCUGGUGGGCCUGGAGGAUGGAAAGCUCAUCGUGGUGGGGGCCGGGAAACCAGAGGAGGUGCGCUCGGGUCAGUUCUCCCGUCGGCUGUGGGGCUCAACACGCAGGAUCUCUCAGGUUUCCUCAGGAGAGACAGAAUACAACCCCACUGAUACUUCUGGGAAGUGAGGGUCGCCAUGAAAACAUACAGAAGGCAAUAUUAUCGUAGCAUAUUAGGUUCACCCGAGGCUUGGUUAGUGGUUGAUGGCUGGCACCCAAUUCCUAUAUAGUGCCUAUUGGGUUCUGGUCACAAGUAGUGCACUAUAUAGGGAAUAGGGUGCAAUUUGGGACAUAGACCUUUUUUUUUAUUUGCCAGCAGUGGAUUUGCUGGAUCAGAAUGAAGGGAGUAGAGACCCUGGAUGUUGGUGUCAGAAAGCCCACCCAGAACUUUACUGGACUGACUGACCGUUAAAUGGACUGUAAUCUCCAGCCUCCCCAACCUCUAUGGGUCCAAACCUCUAUGGGUUCAAGCCACUGAGCUCUCCGAGAGACACACGAUUAAACCAAGGCUUUUUUUUUCUACACAAGGGAAAAUAAAGUAUUUCUUUAUUUAGGUGGUUUUAUACUCUGUUUUUAAAAAGGCAUCAUUCCAAAGAUUACUUGUGUUUUGUAGACAAGAGAGGAGACCUUGUUUUAUGUGGUUCCCGACCCCUUUUACUGGGUUGUUCCAAGGCCAGUUGUGUGGCAAUGGCACCUUGUCUAAAAGUCCUAGAAACUUGAAAACUAUAAACGUUGCAAGAGAUUCCCAUGGUGAAGUACCAGUGGAUCCCACUAGAGGGCUGGAUUUCUCUCUCUACAUGUGUGCUGGAAAUAGAAAAGCAUUAACUGUUUGGAACGGUCCAGACCAGUGUUUCCCAACCCUGGUCCUCCAGUACCCCCAACAGUACACAUUUAUAUUGUAACCCUGGACAAGCACACCUCAUUCAACUAGUCAACUAAUCAUAAAGUCCUCAAUGAGCUGAAUGAGGUGUGUUUGUCCAGGGCUACAACGAAAAUGUGUACUACUGGAGGACCAGGGUUGGGAAACACUGGUCCGGACAGUAUGUGUGGUUUGUAUUGUCAUAUUGUCACAUGAUGGAUGGUGACGUUCACAACAAAUGAAUCACUGUUGCCUUAAAUAGGAGAGAAGAGAUCACUGUUUUAUUACGGUAAAUAGCAUCUGAAUGUGCAGAUCAUAUUACUGGUUUAGAUUAUUGGUUUGAUUGGUUUUGUUUGUUCCUGAUGUAUUGCCUGUGUUGCAUUUAUUGAUGACUCAUUUAGUUUGUCAGUGACCUUCAUCUUCACUCCUUACACAGAUACUAUUUUCCAGCAGAGAAUACCUUAUUAUAACUGUUCUUAUUGUUGAAAACGUGUAACUGAAAAGUGCCUUUCAUCUUUUCCUCGAACACUGAUUUGCACAAGAUGAGAUGAUCCCAUCUUAUUUUUCAGUCUCUCCAUCUGCCUGCCAGCUUUUCCCCUGCAUUCCCCUCCUCCUCCUCCUGCUCUGUCCAUCACUUUUACUUCUGUAGUAGGCUGGUGUUUUACAGUUGCUCCAGUCUUCAUAAGGACCUACGUCCUCCACACCAAAUCACUUGUAACUAACAGUCUUAUUGUUAGGACACUGUUAGACAGACAGCUGUUAAAGUGUCCUCAUCUGUCAGGGCUAGGCUAUUUAACCUUUAUACUGCUAUUAUCUUAUUAUUUUCUGAAGCACUGAACCCUUUUGAACCAGAGAUGGUAUGUGUCCCAAAUGGUACCCUUUUCCCUAUAUAGUGCACUACUUUUGAUCAGGGCUCUGGUCAAAAGUACUGCACUAUAUAGGGAAUAGGGUACGAUUUGAAACGCUGUCGUGGUGUCUGUAGAACACAUGGGUGGAAAGACAGACUGGGCUCCCAACGACCCAGUAGAGGAAUGUACUUCCUGUGAAACCCCCGCCCCCCUUGUUGCGGCUGGGUUGGAGAGAGUCUAUUGUUAUGCACUGUCAUGAUGGGAUGGGAGAGACGCAAAGGGAGCGUCCCAAAUGGCACCAUGUGUAGUGCACUACUUUUGACCAGGGCCCAUAUAUGGUGGCAUUUGGGACUCACACACAAAGACAAAGGGAACCGUUGGGAAAAUGCCAUGGCAACAAAAUGGCACCUACCGGCUAACGUCUCUAGUCUCUACUAACAGACUGCAAUCUGUGAUUGGAUGGAGAGUGAGAAAAAAUUUAGAAUAUUGCUGUAAUCUUUUCCACCAGCCGGCUCUCUCAGUAGCACUUGAGCCUGGGAACGAGGUUAAUGUUGCUGUAACUUUUGAUGGUUGUUUUAUAGCGUGUCGCUAUGCUAUGUGUUUAAAAGGUCAAGGGUCACAAUAUAUGGUAAUGUAUUAUUACAUGUUUAUUUUAAUGAUCUGGCUGUGAUGUU